ACUCUUCGGUUUGAAACUUUCUUCAAGACGAACACACAAGACCAACAUGCAUAGUAAAGAUCAAAUCUGCCAUGAGGACUAUCAGAGAACGGCAGACUGGCUGCUGUCCCAGACACAACACAGACCUAAAGUAGCCAUCAUCUGCGGUUCUGGGCUGGGAAUGCUUGUGGAUGCGCUCAAAUGCCAAGACUCGUUCAAAUACUCAGACAUCACUGGCUUUCCUCAAAGCACAGUGAAGGGUCAUGCUGGAAGGCUGGUUUUUGGAGAGCUCAAAGGGAAGACCUGUGUGUGCAUGCAGGGCCGAUUCCACAUGUAUGAGGGACACUCGUUAAGCAAGGUCACUUUUCCAGUAAGAGUGUUCAAGCUUCUGGGUGUCGAAACCUUGAUUGUCACUAAUGCAGCAGGGUCAUUAGCAGACAGUUAUAGCUGUGGUGAUAUUAUGAUCAUACGUGACCACAUUAACUUCCCUGGACUUGCUGGACUGAACCCUCUAAAUGGCCCUAAUGAUGAUAAGUUUGGUCCUCGAUUUCCGCCAAUGUCUGGGGUCUAUGACAAAAGCUUACGGAAGAUGGCGUUCGACAUCUGUAAGAGCAUGGGCGUCUCCCAGUGUGUUCAAGAGGGCGUUUACUGCAUGGUGGGAGGACCCAACUUUGAGAGCAUAGCUGAGGCCCGCCUUCUGCACCGACUGGGAGUGGAUGCAGUUGGAAUGAGUACUGCACCAGAAGUGUUGGUUGCCAGUCAUUGUGGCAUGAGAGUUUUUGGUCUCUCCCUCAUCACUAACAAAGUAGUGAAAAGCUAUGAGGACAAUGAGUCUGUCAAUCAUGAAGCUGUGCUGGAAGUGAGCAAAAUGCGUUCAGAGACGCUGCAGGCGCUCGUCACAGAGCUCAUCAGCCGGAUGGACAUCAACAACAACACGGCAUGAUGUCAUCAACACUGGAACUGCCAAUCAAAACCUCAUUCAGGAAAAUCUGCAGCUAUACUAUGAUCAUGUUUUUCAUUUCUUUAUACCUUUGAAUGUAAUUACAGAACAUCUGUUUCAAUAACACAUUUAUUUUAGAUAUUUAAAUGUUAAGAUUUUACUAUUUGCAGUGAUCACAAAAAUGAUCUUGUUUGAUGGUGCCAUAACAACAAACUUAAAACACUAGGUUAUUCCAUAUGUUAUUCAUUAAAUGUUUCUCUUUUUUUGUGCUGUGAAGGUUGUAUAUGCAUCUGUAUAUUGAUGAUUACAUAAUAUUAAGCGCACCUUUACGUGGGGAAUUAUGCAGUAAAAAAAUGUAUGCACUGCUAUUCAUUAUGCAAAGUAAUAUAGUUUCUAAUGUUAAUAUUUUGAUGAUAAAGUUGGAUAUAUAAAUCAUUGCCAUGCUAUUUAUAAUACAUUUUAUAUUUACUGUUUGCAUUGUAAAUGUGCCACUGAAUA